UUUUUCAUUAUAAAUUAUGAACCGUUCUAUCUUAAUAUUUAGUUUUGAAUUUUUCCUUUAUUUUCCUCUCUCCUAUGAACCACGGAAGUGAAAUAACCAAAAUGCCGGCUUCAAAGUCUCGCAAAGCUCCUGAGAGGCCGACAACACGAGCUUCAACAAAAACAGCACAUACUAACGGUGACUAUGCGGUUAAGCAACGUUUGAGGUCCUAUCCUAACGCUGUUACACCUUCGUCUACUGGUUCCCCUUCAACGACGCGUGCAAGUUCUGUUGAAUCCGCGCGGGAAGCAACUCACCGUAAAGCUUCUUCACGAACAAGCACCCGCUCUUGCCACAACAAUAAAAGCGAUGGUGUUAUGACUCGACGCUCUAUAUUACAAAAGGAACAUAUGGAAGAUACUGAAAUUCUUUUCGACAGUCAUUCCUCAGAUGACGAGGACGCCAUAAACUUGAAACGCACCUAUAGAACUCAAAAGCGGCGUGCGGACGAAAUUGUUAUUCAAUUCAAGUCACUAAAAGAAAGGGUAUAUUUUUCAAGGUUAAAUGAUCUCGACGAAGAGAAUAGCGCAAUUCAAGAAGGUCUUCAUCCAACAUUAUCAAAACAGAUGGAUGAUAUUGAAGAGAAACAUAGGGCUCUUACAUUAAGAGCCGAAAAACGCCGGGACCACCAUAAAAAUGCAAUAGAAACUGUAUUCGCUGCACAGGAAAAACAGAUACGGGACGAAUUUUUGAACGACAGACAUAGACUGAGGACAAUGAUGAUAGAAGAGCUAGAAAUGAAAAAAAGUCAACUUAAGAGGGAGUAUUAUAAGAAACCUGAGGAUAAUCUACUGGAUUUGGUGAUGAAAAAAAUAGAAGGAACACCAUUCGAUCCAAAUUAUAAAGUAGUUAAUAAAGGAUCAGAUGUUCGUAUAUCUUCACCGGUUUAUAGCAGAUUACAAAAUGGCCAACCACGUUCACCGAAAACUAAUAUUGACAUUCAAUAUAGUCAAUUAUUCAAUUUAAGUUUCCAUCCGACAGGGACCAAUGAAGAAGAAAUGGCAGAGGAUUUAAUGGCAAUGCAAUUGCGGAAACCAAUAAGACCGCAACUACCGCCACCACAGCCACUACAAAUUUCUUCAUCUUCCCAGUUUCAUCCCAUGGCUUCACACCCUAACAUAAUUCCACCUACUUCCAGUGUUAGUAUCUCCUCCUCUCGACGGAAAAAAGAACCUCGAGCAAAACGAAUUCGUCGAAGUUCUAACCGAGAAAGUGUUUCGGAAACACGUAGGGAAACGCCUAUUAUUUUAGCACCCAAAGAGUUUCCUAAGGCUUCUUUAAGAGAGUUGUCCAAAGUUCCUAAAACGGUUCAUAGCAGUGAGUUACCCAAAGAGUUACCCAGAAUAUUAUCAUCAAAAGAAGUCAGUUUGUACAGAGAGGCUCCCAGGGAACAAGUAAUUCGGGAAGUGAUUAGAGAACGACCUAGGGAACCACUACGAGAGGGUUCAAAAGAUUUAUCUAUAGAUACAUCGAAAAAUCCUAUUCUUGAUCGAUGGCUUGCUGAAGGCACAGAAGAUAAUGAUUCAGAUCAAUAAUAUAAUCGUUAUCAUAACAUUUGUUAUAUAUAUAUAAAUAAUAAUAAUAAUAGAAUAUAAUAAUUUAGGAAAUAAAUUGGACUUUGGAGAAGAGGUAAUAAUACAUCAUCUUUUUCAGUUAGGGAUUAAAUAUAGAAGAUAUAUUAUAAUCGUAUUCGCUUUCACAAGACAAAAAAAAACCCAAAAAAAAAAAUGUUUGGAUCUGUAAUAUUAUGCUUGAAAAGACAAAUAUGUGUCUUUUUUGUAGGGAGGGUUAAAUAAUAUUUGUAUUUUAUAUGUUUUCUUUUGCACAACUGCAAAGCUAUUAUUUUAUUGUUUUUUUUUUUUU